AUGGGGGGAGCCACAAAUAAGAAAUGGAACUUAAAAGAUUGGGCCCAAGCCCAAAACAACUGGGGAUAUGCUCCUAAACUAGGAGAACAAUGUGGCGAAAAUAAGAGCGUCAGAUUUUGUUAUAACGAGUUAAUAAAGCCCCCCAAAGAAAGGACGCUCAAUGUAGAUCCAUGGGUAAAUAAGGACUUAUUAACACAGACCCCCCUCGUGUGGGGGCAGGUUUUCGACCCGAAUCAACAAACUUGCAUAAAGCAAGAUAGGACGAGGGAACUUCCAUGGGGUGAAGUGCUCGACAGAAUAAUAAACCAGAUUCAGACAGAUUUGUUAGCACAGCCUGAACCCAAAGGCAAGGAGCUGUUAUGGAAUAGCCAGGAGUGGUACAGUCUAUUAGAGAAGGCAGGAAAUCUAACAACUCCCUGGGACAAGACUGAGUCAGGUCAGAGACUUCUAAUAGUGAUAGUAUGUAUCAUAACAGGGUUGACGAGUUCCAGAACGGGAAGCGAAGUGAAGUAUGAAGGGAGAAGCACGUUAUGUCAUAAAGUGGAUGACGCCUUAUCGUUUACUCAACAACAAUGGAAAGACUGGGUGACAAGUUUCGGCAAGGACCGACGAACCAGGGGAGUGAGCUGCAACGAAAGUAGUAGGUAUCGAGAAUGUCACAGUACAGGUAUGAGUUUAAUACUGACAGUCUACCGGAGCCUAAGUAGUCUCUGUCCCAAAUGUGGACCCUAUGCAAUCGGAAAAUGGAUUAAUAAGUUUAUAGCUGCUGAGGUGACCAAGGGCGAAUUAAGUUGUAAGGUGACUCAACGAAAAAUAACCUGUGAUAAAUAUCACAAAGGGACUGGGAAUGUCGCUGAUUUAUGGAUAAAUGACAUAAAUAAAAUUCCUUUGGAUUCUAUCAGCGGAUUAGAAGAAUUUCACGAGCCUACCCCAGAACACCCCGUGAAGGGUGCUGAUAUAGUCACAACACCCGAACAGAAAAAGGAAAAAUUAAUUGCACUCACUACCGACUAUAGUAGCUUCCGACCAACAACUCCUCCCACAAGAGGGAAUGAAGAACAAUCUGGGAGAACUCAAAACGCUUUAACCCAAUACUCUUCCGUCAAGCAGUCUCAGGCGAAGGAUUCAAGAAGCUACGUACCAACGGCUGGAGUUCCAUCGCCCCCGGGGGCGGGUAUGUCCACAAAGUCGAGAGAAGUGCUGACUAUUACGGAUAAUGGGAAAGGGUCCUCACGAACCAGACAAGAAGAUGCUGAGGAGGACCCACCCUCCCAAGGAGAAACUUGGGAUACGGGAGGCUCAAAACAGGGAAGUCCAGUACAAACCAAGAGUGACACUAGCGAUCAGUCUAUAUAUGCCACGGUAGGUGGUGUGUUGGGAGUUUUAUUACUGGCAAUGGCCAGCGCCUAUGGAAUAUUUCGCAUCUGCAAGAGGAAGAAGGACUCUAACUCCCGACGCCAGAAAUCACCUAGGAUGGGGCAAAUAAGUUAUAGUAUGAAGACCCAUUAG